UGGCUCUGUAGUAUCGACAUACAGAGCCUUUUUACUUCAAUACCCCAAGAUGAGGGGAUUAAAUGUGUGGAGGAUGCUCUCUUGGAAACUAAUUUGUCUAACUCAUAUGUUUAUUUCUUAAUUGACUGCCUUGAAAUUGUAUUAAAAAAGAAUUAUUUCAAAUUUGACGAUCUUUUCUAUUGGCAGAAACAAGGGACGUCGAUGGGUUCAGCGGUCGCCCCAUCCCUUGCAAAUUUAUUUGUAUAUGAUUUGGAGAAUAAAUUAUUUCUGAGAGAGCCAUAUUUGCAGUAUAUUAGAUGCUACUAUAGGUAUGUGGAUGACAUACUGAUCCUUUGGGAUGGACCGUUAGAGGCAUUUAAUAAUAUGGUGGAUACUGCAAAUGAGGCCCACAAUACAGUCAAAUUUACCAGUGAGUCAUCCAACCAAACUAUUAGUUUUUUGGAUGUACAAAUUAAAAUAGAAAAUGGGGGCCUAUGUACAGAUUUGUAUCGGAAACCAAUGGACCGAAAUAAUCUCCUCCACAGUAAGAGUUUCCAUAACCCACGAACACUGGAUGCGAUCCCUAAGGGACAAUUUAUGAGAGCCAAGAAGAUAGCAUCCAGUGAAGUGGGUUAUAAACAUGCAAGUAGCGAUCUGACAGAAAGGUUUCUGCAAAGGGGAUACCCCAAAGGUAAACUUAAAGCAGUGGUAGAAGAGGUGAAAGGGAUGGACCGUGCUGCUUUAUUACAGCCCAAACAAAAGCAGGGUGAGACGGAUAGAUUAACCUUCGUAAGUACAUACGACAAAAGGAGUAAGAAGGUAGAAAAGAUAGUGAAACAAUAUUGGCCACUUCUGCAAACUGAUGCUAUCUUCGGAAAUGUUUUUUCGAAUCCCCCGCGGUUCUCGUAUAAAAAGGGUAAGUCAAUAAGAGACACAUUAUGUGCCAUUUCAAGAGUGGAUAAUAGCAAUACUGUGUUUAAAGGUACACCAAAAGUAGGCACAUACCCGUGCAUGAAUUGCAACUGUUGCAAUUCCAUUAUAAAAGGACCUUGUAUAAAUCAUCCCAUUACAGGUGAGGUAAUCAAACUAAAGUCAUACGCCACAUGUAAAACCAGCCACGUAAUUUAUGCUCUGAAAUGUCCCUGCGGGAAAAUGUACGUAGGGAAGACAAUAAGGUCUGUCAGUACUAGGAUAAAAGAGCAUAAAGGCAAUAUACGCAAUUUUAAAAAUGACACCUAUACUGACACUCCUGUAGCCAGACAUUUUGAUACUGUAAAACAUAAUGUAUGUCAGCUAAAGUGGAUAGUGUUAGAGACAGUAGCAAAACCCAGUAGAGGAGGUGAUCAUAACUUGAUACUAUUGCAGAGGGAGGCCAGAUGGAUAAAGCGCUUGGAUAGUGCUUAUCCGAAAGGGUUAAAUGAGCAGUGCAAUUUAUCAUGUUUUCUUUAAUAGUAAUGGCUUGUCGUCCUUUGUUCCCAGGAAUUAUAACUAGAUUCCAAGUUGUAAUGACAUGGAACUCCUGCUGCAUUUACAUAUGGGUCUUUUACAGGUUAGGCGGAUUGAGCAGUAACCUGGUUUUAACAUUAUGUUUCAGUGGGAUUUCAACAUGUAUUAUAUGAAAUAAUGUGUGUCACUUUUAAUAGCUAGAUGAAUUGGGUCACAAUAAGUUUUUACAAUAUUUA